CCGCCUCGGCCGGAAAGCGAUGUAGGAGCCGCCAGGCCGUCCCCCCGCCCUGCCCGGCCUGAGCCCCUCGGGCCGCCGCCGCCACCGCCGCCAUGAAGAAGCAGUUCAACCGCAUGAAGCAGCUGGCCAACCAGACUGUGGGCAGAGCUGAGAAAACAGAAGUCCUCAGUGAAGAUCUGUUACAGAUCGAGCGGCACCUGGACACGGUGCGGUCCAUGUGCCACCAUUCCCACAAGCGCCUGAUGGGGUGCUUCCAGGGCCAGCAUGGCACGGACGCUGAGAGGAGACAUAAAAAACUCCCUUUGACAGCUCUCGCUCAGAAUAUGCAAGAAGCAUCGGUUCAGCUAGAAGAUUCUCUCCUGGGGAAGAUGCUGGAGACAUGUGGAGAUGCUGAGAAUCAACUAGCUCUGGAACUCUCUCAGCAUGAAGUCUUUGUUGAGAAGGAGAUUGUGGACCCUCUGUAUGGCAUAGCCGAGAUGGAGAUUCCCAAUAUCCAGAAACAGAGGAAACAGCUUGCUAAAUUGGUGUUAGACUGGGAUUCAGUCAGAGCCAGGUGGAAUCAAGCUCACAAAUCUUCAGGAACCAACUUUCAGGGUCUUCCAUCAAAAAUAGAUACCCUAAAGGAAGAGAUGGAUGAAGCUGGAAAUAAAGUAGAACAAUGCAAGGAUCAACUUGCAGCAGAUAUGUACAACUUUAUGGCUAAAGAGGGGGAGUAUGGCAAAUUCUUUGUUACGUUAUUAGAAGCCCAAGCAGAUUACCAUAGAAAAGCAUUAGCAGUCUUAGAAAAGGCUCUCCCUGAAAUGCGAGCCCAUCAAGAAAAAUGGGCGGAAAAGCCAGCCUUUGGGACUCCUUUGGAAGAACACUUGAAGAGGAGUGGACGUGAAAUUGCACUUCCCAUCGAAGCCUGUGUCAUGCUGCUCCUGGAGACAGGCAUGAAGGAGGAGGGCCUUUUCAGAAUUGGGGCUGGAGCCUCCAAGUUAAAGAAACUGAAAGCUGCUUUAGACUGUUCUACUUCUCACCUGGAUGAGUUCUAUUCAGACCCCCAUGCUGUAGCAGGUGCUUUAAAGUCCUACUUAAGGGAAUUGCCUGAACCUUUGAUGACUUUUAAUCUAUAUGAAGAAUGGACCCAAGUUGCAAGUGUGCAGGAUCAAGACAAAAAACUUCAAGAUUUAUGGAGGACAUGUCAGAAGUUACCACCACAGAAUUUUGUUAACUUUAGGUAUUUAAUCAAGUUCCUUGCAAAGCUUGCUCAGACCAGCGACAUUAAUAAAAUGACUCCCAGCAACAUUGCAAUCGUGUUAGGCCCUAACUUGUUGUGGGCCAAAAAUGAAGGAACACUUGCUGAAAUGGCAGCAGCCACAUCUGUUCAUGUGGUUGCGGUGAUUGAACCAAUCAUCCAGCAUGCUGACUGGUUCUUCCCUGAAGAGGUGGAAUUUAACGUAUCAGAAGCGUUUGUACCUCUCGCCACCCCAAUUUCCAAUCACUCAUCUCACACUGGAAAUGACUCUGACUCGGGGACCCUGGAGAGGAAGCGACCUGCCAGCAUGGCAGUGAUGGAAGGGGACUUGGUUAAGAAGGAGAGCUUUGGUGUGAAGCUUAUGGACUUCCAGGCCCAUCGGCGGGGUAGCACUCUAAAUAGAAAGCACAUAUCCCCCGCUUUCCAGCCACCACUCCCGCCCACAGAUGGCAGCACCAUGGCUCCCACCGGCCCAGAGCCCCCACCCCAGGGCUCUAGGGCUGAAAGCAGCACAGGGGGUGGGACUGUCCCCUCCUCUGCGGGCACACUGGAGCAGGGGCCAAGCCCAGGCAACAGCAGUCCUCCAAAACCCAAGGACUCUGUGUCUGCAGCUGUGCCUGUACCAGGAAGAAACAACAGUCAGAUAACCACCGGCCAAAAUCAGGCCCAGGCAGCUGCCAGCUCCCACCAGCUUGCCGUCAGCCCAGCUCACAACUCCGCUGGUCCCAGUCCUCAUACUUUGCGCCGAGGUGUUAAAAAACCUGCUCCAGCACCCCCAAAACCAGGAAACCCACCUCCUGGCCAUCCUGUGGGCCAGAGCUCUCCAGGAACAUCUCAGCAUCCACCCAGUCUGUCACCAAAGCCAUCUACCAGAAGUCCUUCUCCUCCCACUCAGCACAUAGGCCAGGCUCCCAGCCAGCCUUCCGCCACCUCCCAGCUCUCUGCACCCCGGAGGUACUCCAGCAGCCUGUCUCCAAUACAAGCCCCCAGUCACCCGCCGCCACAGCCCCCGACCCAGGCCACGCCUCUGAUGCACACCAAACCAGGGAGCCAGGGCUCUCCCAACCCCAUGGCAUUGCCCAGUGAGCAUGGACUUGAGCAGCCAUCUCACACCCCUCCCCAGACUCCAACACCCCCCAGUACUCCGCCCCUAGGAAAACAGAAUCUCGGCCUGCCAGCUUCUCAGACCCAGGCGGUGAGUAACCCUGAGACUGUGCAGCCACAUGCUGGAACCUUACCAAGACCGAGACCAGUACCAAAGCCAAGAAACCGCCCCAGCAUGCCCCCACCUCCUCAUCCUCCCAGCACCCACUCAGCUGCAGAUGGCAACAACCUCACCAACACGGCACCAACAGCUUCCAAAAUAGUAACGGACGUCAAUUCUAGGGUUUCAGAACCGCUUCGCAGCAUCUUUCCUGAAAUGCUCUUAGACUCAGCAAGCAAAGACCUGCCUGGCCACAUUCUGCUGGAUAUAGACAAUGAUACAGAAAGUACCGCCCUGUGAAGAAAGCCAUGUCCUGGCCCUUGACCCCGUCCACCCUGGUUAGUGGAACAGGGGCAGGCAAACAUUAAUCUUUGCAGUCCAAACAGUGAAAAGCUUUCAGCAGAGGGAAAAAGACGACCUUACUAUGCAAGACUUUGCCUUCUGCACAGCCCAAAGAAGGUGGAGGCUGACAUUUAAAGCUGAAUGACCUGUGUCUUGAAGAAGUUGGCUUUCUUUAGAUGGGGAAGAAAUCAUGCCAAAAAAACACAAAACAAAAUACCUAGAAUGGAAAGAGUAUUACUGCCAAGGUGUGUAUAGGAAGCUUUCGUCACUGCUGUUAAUGCAGGCAGCAUCAACAGCAAUUCAAAUGAAUAAGCAGCAAUGCGUUAACUAUUUAAUAAAAUGCAUUAAUUAUGCAAGUUGCCUACUUCCUGCUACUUGGACUUUCAUUCUUGUGUAUUAGGAGGGGGCAUCUCUCCUUCAGAUGUGCUGCAGAAUCAUUUUUGUAUUAAAUGUGGUCUGUGUCUCUCCUGUCCCCUCAAAACCAUGAGCAUUGAUGGUGACUGCUGGAUCCGUCACCUCAUCAAACUGGAUGUGACUCGUGCCUUGUUGGAUUGCCAGAAUGUAGAAAGAAAUGUACUGUUCUGUUUGUUUUUCUUUUUUAAACAAUGUAAUUGCUACUUGAUAAGGACCGAACAUUAUUCUAGUUUCAUGUUUAAUUUGAAUUAAAUAUAUUCUGUGGUUUAUAUGAAAA